AUGUGUUUGGUGACAGAUGAAGAGGAAGCGAUGCUGGUAAAGGAAGAAGGAGAAGGAAGUAUCGUGGUGGUCCUUCCUCAACUCAUGAAGUUAAAACGAAGCCAAUGGUGGAUUCUUGUCUUUAUCAGCAUCUUCUUCCUCAUCUCUGCUCAAGCUGUUGCUGUUCUUCUCGGUAGGUUUUACUACGACAAAGGAGGAAACAGUAAAUGGAUCUCCUCUCUUGUCCAAACCGCUGGUUUUCCGAUUCUCUAUCUCCCUCUUUGUCUCCUUCCUCCUUCUUCUUCUCUUUCUUCCCUCAAAACUCUGGUUUCGAUCUAUGUCUCUCUUGGUCUCGCCAUUGGUUUAGACAAUCUUUUAUACUCUUUAGGGCUUUUGUACCUCUCUGCUUCUACUUACUCGCUUAUAUCCGCAACACAGUUAGUCUUCAAUGCUGUCUUCUCUUAUCGCAUCAACUCUCAGAAAAUUACGGGUUUGAUUAUUAUCUCAGUGUCACUUCUUUCUUUCUCUGCUGGGUUGAUAGCUCUUGACGAUGAUUCGGACAGUCCAUCAGGAGACUCUAAGUUGAAGUACAUGAUUGGUUUUUUGUGUACACUUUUUGCUUCUCUUAUCUAUUCUCUUCAGCUCUCUCUUAUGCAGUAUUCCUUUGAGAAGAUUCUCAAGAGCGAGACGUUCUCUAUGGUUCUCGAAAUGCAAAUCUACACAUCUCUUGUUGCUUCUUGUGUCUCUGUCAUCGGGCUUUUCGCCAGCGGGGAAUGGAAGAUGUUGAGUCUGGAGAUGGAAGAGUUUCAAGAGGGUCAAGUCUUCUAUGUCUUGACUCUGGUUGGAACGGCGAUAUCGUGGCAAUUGGGUUCUGUAGGAGCCGUUGCGCUUAUAUUUCUUGCGUCUUCGCUGUUUUCAAACCUUAUUGGUACGCUCUCUCUAAUAGUUACGCCUCUUGCAGCCCUUGUGGUGUUCCACGACAAGCUGACUGCGGUUAAGAUGGUCGCAAUGCCCAUGGCCUUCUUGGGAUUUGCUUUUUAUAUCUACCAGAACUACCUUGAUGACUUGAAAGUACAAAGCGCACGAGAAACUCAGGAUGAUUGA